AUGGCGAACCUGGAAACAGGUCCCACCAUACAGGACGAAAUGAGCAUUCACCAGAUCGCUGAUUUCAAACAGGCUAGUGCCUCGCUCCAAAAAGUAAUGGAGCGAACAAAUCCGAUAGUGCUAGACUGGAGAGUCAAUACACGCUUGGCCAGUCGCACGUUUCUCCAAAACUUGGCAAGGGAACUCCACGAAGCUCUUAACGCUUAUAACGAUGCGAGAACUGCCAUAAUAGAGUAUCGGUGUGCAUUAACACCAGAGCUUCAAGACGGCUUUGAUCAACGCAUGAACAUUGAACAAGUUGAUCUCAAAGACCGAUAA